UCACCCAUCUGCUCAAUGCUUCUCUCUGACAUUUUCGGUGAAAAGAAUGCUUCUUUUCUUUUUGACAUACUGUUAAUCCUUAAUUCUGCUCCAUAUAAGUGAACUGGGACCUUGGUGUGUUUUUUUUUUGGGGUAGAAAACCUUGGUGUGUUUGAUUGUCUGAAUUAUGUGGAAAAAGGGUUUCCUUGGGUUUUUUAUGGGAUCCUCACUUUCAUUAACUUUUGCCCUCCAGGAGCAGGCGGCUUUUAUGGGAUACCAGGCGUCAGAUGAUAGACCAGUUACGCUUCUGGACAGUGUGUAACUGUUAGUUAGUUAGUUAGUUGCUCUCAAUGAAGUUGACGUGCUUGAGCAGCGGUAGCGGCUACCAGUUCCCUCCUUGUCACAUCCUAGAAGAUGUGUGUGGGUUUAGGAUAUUGCUGGACUGCCCACUUGACCUUUCUGCUCUCUCAGUCUUUUCCCCAGUUCCUCCUGAUAAUGACUUUGUAUCGGAUGGAAAAGCCUCUUAUAAUUCAGCCCGUGAUUGUUUCGCCAAGGAACAGGAGAUUCAGAAGAGGCAGAAAAUUGAAACACCACUUCAUGCGAAAGACUUAAUUCAUGAUGAACUUUGGUACAAAACAGUAAAGAAUUUGCACCUCUGGGACCCUUCUUCGAUUGAUGUUGUGCUGAUAUCAAGUGUCAUGGGAAUGCUUGGAUUACCAUUUCUUACUCGCGCUGAAGGUUUCUCGGCGAAGAUUUAUGUGACUGAUGCAGCAGCAAGGCUGGCGCGGCUUAUGAUGGAGGAUCUUAUCGCUAUGAAUAUGGAAUAUCAGUACUUUUAUGGUCCCAGGGAGUCUGGUGGUCCUCAUUGGAUGAGGUGGGAAGAGCUUGAGUUGCUCCGGCCUGAAUUGAAGAAGGUAGUGGUUGGCAAGGAUGGGACUGAGCUGGGUGGGUGGUUGCCACUUUACAGUUCAGCAGAUGUGAUGGAUUGUAUGCGGAAGGUCCAAACACUUAAAUAUGCAGAAACAGCAUGUUACAACGGAACCUUGGUCUUACAACCAUUCAGCUCAGGUUCAGAGAUAGGAUCUUGUAAUUGGACAAUUGAUGGUCCCAAAAGAAACAUCACCUGGCUUUCCUGCUCAAUAUUUGCUUCUGCACAUGCGAUGAACUUUGAUUAUGGUGCAUUGAGGGGACGAGAUCUGGUGUUAUAUUCAGAUAAGCAGUUCCUGCCUUUAAUGGACGAAGUUCAAAGCAAUGAUGCUUCUUCAACCAUUCCAUCUAAUGAUUUAUCAAGUCUAAGGUGCUGCAGUGCUGAUAAAGAUGAUUGGAAAAAAUUGACUGAGAGCUUACUGAGUACUGACGAGAUUUUAGAAAAAGAGAAAAUGGAUUUUAUUUGCUCAUGCAUUCUCCAGUCUGUUCAAGCUGGUGGUUCAGUCGUUAUACCUUAUAAUCGCCUUGGAAUUCUUCUGCAGCUAUUGGAAAUGAUACCGGUCCUCCUUGAGUCGUUGGCAGCAGAUGUUCCAAUUUACGUUAUAUCUUCGAUGGCUGCUGAACUUUUAGCAUUCACUAACGUCAUACCAGAAUGGGCGAGUAAGCCACGACAAGAAAAGGCAUACCUCUUUGGACUUUCUAUUCCUUCGUCGAAAUUUGAACUUCACUUCGAGGUCUCAAAGGUUUCCUCUUCCUUUUGGAUGUUCUUGCAGAUGUUUUCUGGUGAGCCAAUGUUCUCCCAUGUCGACUUUGUGAAUAAAAGGAAGCUUCAUGUAUUUUCAGCUAUUCACUCACCUGAACUACUAACCACUUGGCAGGAACCCUGCAUCAUAUUUGCUCCACAUUGGAGUUUAAGACUUGGUCCUGUUGUUCAUUUGCUUCGGCGUUGGAGUGGUGAUGAGAACUCUCUACUCAUCUUGGAGGAUGGGGUUGAUCCUGAUAUUGCCCUUCUCCCUUUCAAACCGCUGGAAAUGAAGGUUCUUCAGUGCUCAUUUCUUCCAGAGAGAAGGCUACCAAAAGUUGACUGUAUGCUGAAGUUACUGCAGCCAAAGAUUUUGGUGCUCCCUGACGAUUUGAAGGAGAAACUGGAUUUCUCAAAUCCCAGUUUGGACUCAUUCUCAGUCCUCUACUACACAGAAGGCGAAACAUUAUCUUUACCAAGCUCCCCUGAAGGAACCCUGGACCUGGAAAUCGCAUCUGUUUUGGCCGAGAGAUUUGCUUGGCAAAACUUGGGAAGGCAGGAUGUAAUGUACACACGAUUGGAAGGAGAGCUAGUUAUGGAGCAAGGCAAAUUUCGGUUAUUACCUGGAAUCACAAGUGCAGAUUCACACCCAUCAAAAAACAAGGAAAUGAAAUCGGAUGCAGGUUAGUCCCAGACAACACAAGGCUCUCGAACCAUUUUCGUCCGAAGGUCAUUCAUGGAUCCAAAAAAUGAAUUUGGCCACUGUGCAUACAGACCUUUAUGCAAGCACUGCAAGCAUGCUAAUCUUAAUUGACAUGGAACAAAAUAUUGGAGUAAAUGUAAUAGUGAUAGCAAGUUCCAACUGUCAUCCGUAGGCUUCUAUAUUAUACUCAACUUUGUCAAAAUUUCCAGCCUACCAAACGUGAUGGAGUUGAUAUUGGCUGGCAAGAUGCUUUUCCAGAAGCUCUUGUUUUCUUUAUUUCAUUUGUUGACUACUCAGUGACAGACAGAGACAGAGAGAUAUAUACAAUAUAGAGAGAGAGGUAUAUAGCUCACAGAUGGUCUUUCUUUUUCCUUCUUUCUAUUUAACAUAACCGGGCAACUCUGCUCAACUCUGCUCAAACAUUCCUACAAUAUAAUCAUCAACAUCCACCCCACAUAACCAAAAGCCUUCUUCGAUCCCUAGUUGAAAAAUUGAAAAAAUGGAAACCAGAUUAAACACAAAAAAACACCAAGACCAAA